AUGGGUAAAAUGAAUUAUUUUCUCGGCUUACAAAUCAAGCAACUAGACGAUGGUAUCUUCAUAAAUCAAUCCAAGUAUUGCAAAGAACUCUUGAAAAGAUUCGACGUGGAUAGUUGCAAGAAAAUGUCUACCCCUACGGGAUCCGGAACUUAUGUUGAUCAAGACGAAUCCGGUACUUCAAUUGAUAUCACCAAAUAUCGAGGUAUGAUUGGUUCCUUGUUGUAUUUGACGACAAUCCGUCCUGACAUAAUGUUUAGUGUAUGUCUCUGUGCUCGUUUUCAAGCUAAUCCAAAGGAAUCACAUCUCACCGCCGUCAAACGAUUCAUGAAGUAUCUCAAGGGAACGACAAAUGUUGGCCUAUGGUAUCCUAAAGGUAGUAUGUGCAAUUUAAUUGGUUACUCUGACGCGGAUUAUGCAGGAUGUAAAACAUAUAGGAAAAGCACGAGUGGAACAUGUCACAUUCUCGGAAAUGCACUAGUUUCAUGGGCAUGUAAGAAACAAGCGUGUGUUGCUCUGAGUACAGCCGAAGCAGAAUAUAUAGCAGCAGGCAACUCUUGUGCUCAGAUACUCUGGCUAAAGCAACAACUUUGA